AUUUCCCGCGAGAUGGACGUCUAGAAAAACUACAACACGGAAAAAAAAACUACAUUUUGACUCUGCCACUUGACUCAAUACAACCUAACGUAGCUGCUAGCUCUAUUUACAAACACGUCAGUGUUCAAUGUAACUAGCUGUGGAGUUAUUAGUAAUUCAUUAACGCACACACACGUUAGUACCAUGGACAGAGAGUGUGUGUCGCUGCUGCCCAGUGUGUGUGAGGUGCUGGCGGACUCAGGGAGGUCUCUGCCCGAUGACACCAGCCUGGAGAAACUGUUGGACUGGUUCACAGGGCUCACCAAGGCUGGAGGAUCUCAGCUGGAGGCCUGCCCAUGUCUGCUUGAAUUCAUAUCCGCUGUGGUUGGCAACACUGCUUCAGACCCCGGCGUACUCUCCUUCGCUCUCAAACUCACGGGCUUAUUGGCCGCCACUGAGGACGGCUUCAAAAUGCUUCAGGAACGCUCUGUUCUGGACCUGGUCUUCAACCAUCAGCGCUGGCAAGAAGCAGGGCUCUGGGAGGAUCCCUGUUUAAGGAUUGGCUGGAUUCAGGGAUUAAAGAGCAUGCUGCAGCACCCAAAGGCCCUCAGUUUCUUUGUGAAAUCAGAUUUCAUUGAACCACUCCUACAACUGCAGACAGACUCAAGUCUGUUCGUGGCCUCAGCUGCCAAUCAAAUGCUCGCCCACAUCCUGCUCUUCUUUCAGCGAGUCUCUUCUGCAGGUUGUAACGGCGUAAACAAGAAAAAAGAUGACAGGAGGACACAAACCUCCAUCACAGACUUAGAACACCCAGCCGCCACUGUGGACACCAUCGCAGAGUACACUGCUGUUCUUGUGGCGAUCACUGGGUACCUCAAGGAGUCACUGGUUCCCAAAGAAAAUCUCCAUCAGAGUCUGCAGAUCCUCAAACUUCUGUCCAUGCUCCUGGCCCAGGCUGGGCCUCCUCUCUGGGACAAGCUGCUGCAGACAGUUGGAGACUCUCUGGAGGAGCUGGUGACGGUGAGCUGCAAUCAGCUCACUCUGCCACUGAUGGACGUCAUUCUGGCUGCACACAGCUCCGGCACUGGUGAACAUGUCUCAGAUCAACGCGUCUCCCGUCUGCUAUCAUCCAUGUUGAACAUUAACAAACAGUCAGACCUCAUUCACGCUGCAGCUGCUUUUCUUCGCAGAGGUCAUCAUGAUACUGUCCACACAGCCCGGGCUGUGAGAAUACUACUGCUACCUCUCGACAUUAUAAGUGGCAAGACUCUACUGGGCACAAACACCACUGCAGACGAGCAUCGGUUUUCAAUGGUGGAGCAGCUGAAGAGUAAAACCUCCUGCAUCUCUAUAAUCUGUGUCUGUCUGACAAACACACCACAGAUCACUCUCAUGCCUUCUGAUGUCCUUCCCUGUCCUCCAGAUUUAAUUGUCACUGCAGUUCUGUCACUGUUAAGGAUCUGCAGUGGCAUCUCCUCGUCCGCCGGCUGCAGUGAGGCUUGCAGGAAUCUAAUCGGCAGUGGAAAAGUUCAGAAAUGUGCUCUAGAGGCUCUGACGACUCUCAACAACAGCCCAGGAGUGAAGGAGAAGAUCAAUGAUGUGUUCACAGUCCUAAUACAGUAUCUGGACAAUCCUGACUCUGACCCAACUGUACUCCACAAGUCUUACCAGGUCUUGGUAAAGUGGACAAGUGUCUGCACAGAACUCUCCUUUAUAACAGAACAGCUCAAACAAGAUCUCGUCGAGGUGGUGAAGAAGCGUGUGUGUGACAUGCGUUGGGAGGUGAGAGACUCUACGGUGGAGUUUUUGGGACACCUGGCAGGCGUGCACGUCUUCCUGAAAUCACCCGGGGAGGUGCGUGAUGCGUGCGAGGCUCUGCUGGGCGGCUGCUGUACCACUCCUCUCCUGAGAGAGGCGCUUCAGGAUACGGAGAGUUACGUGAGAGCCAGCGCCAUCUCUGCACUGGCAAAGACUCAGGCACACAGCUGGCAGCAGGGAGAAAGACUCAGUCAGGAGGAGACUGAAAUCGUGAGCCGACUGCUUGAAAUUCUCUCCCAGGACACUGAGGGAUUCUCCAGGAGGGCUGUUGUACAAUACUUCAUCGCCUGGUUCUCCUCAUGCUCCUCAAACUCGCCUCCAUCGUCAUCCACCUCUCUCCAGAUGCAGUGUGUGCGCUCCGUCCUCUCACAAGGCAGCGCAGAUCUGGACUGGGAGGUCAAAGUUCACACGUUGGAGUUGGCUGAGCUGCUGCUGGAUGAAGCGUUUUCAGCUCACCGGGGUUACAGGAAGUGCUCGGACACACAUCAAGCCCUAUCACACCCCUAUGGAGUAGUUUCUGACCAGGCGUACACACCUCACACCCACACUGGUUCUCGCACAAAGGGGGUGGAGUCGGAUUUGGCCAGAGUGUUAAACAAUCUUGUCGAGCAGGGAGUCUUCUCAGCAUUGCUGAGUGGUCUGGUUGACUGCGAUAGGCCUGUCGGUCUGAAGGCCUGCCGACUGCUGAUAACACUCAGAGACACAGUCUGUCCUCUGUCGCUAGGGGCACUGGAUGCUACCACGGCAACCGUGUCCUGUGAACUGCCUAGCUGGAGCUGGGGGCAGGAGAUCAGGAAGAUAUUAGGGAAGAGGAAGAGUGAUGAGGCCAGAGGACAGAGGAGUUUCAGUGGAGCAGAGGAGGUUGAUUCUGAAGACUGCAGAGUGAUGAAGGAGGCAUGCAGCGUGAGUGUGUGUGAGGUGUUGAGGUCUCUCAGUUUAGACGAAAGGCUGGGCGUCCUGACUCAAAGCAGUGACCACGUCCACAACUCUCCACUCUCUCUGCUGCAGGACAUACUGACUGCAAGUGCUGCUCACACUCAUUCAGAUACACAACAAGCAGGACAAGAGGUCAUAGUGGACUGCUACUGACACACACACACACACACACACACACACACACACACACACUGUUUUUAUGUACGAAAGAGCAAGCCUUAUAUCCUGAACAGACAGCAAACGUAGAAACUUAAACCACAAAGUCACACUUUACGUGUUGUUAUUUUUGUAAUUUGCAAUUCAAGUUUAAAGCAAACAGAAGACAAUGUUUUUUGGUCUUUAGAAUCAUUACUGUAUUGUUAUAGUUGCUGUCAUACAAGCAGGUAAUACAUUUGAAAUAAAGUGAAGCGGCAGAAACUGCAGUUCCUUUAACGUCCGCUUGAAGCUGGCUACAGAAUGUGUCAAUUUCCAUAAGUGCCUAUAUUAAAAGGUCCAACUUCACAGCAGAAAUAAACAUGUUUACAGCCUAAGUUCAGAAAACUGCUUUCGUCUCUAUAGCUAAUUUCCCAGAGUUCAGAUUAUAUUGAGGCUUAAAGUUAUGCAUUAUUAACAGCAUGGCCGCUUUGAUUGACAGGUAGGUGCUGUUACAGGUGGCUUGACAGCGACAUGGCGGCGGCCAGAGCCACAGAUUUUCUUUAUAUUCUUAGAUGCUUUAUAUUGUCAGUGAUCUGACCACUUUGCGAAAAGCGUCACAUGGCUAAUUCCAAUCAUAACAAAACACAUUUAAAAAUGUAAUCAGUUCCUUCUUGCAGACCCACUUUUUGUCCCCAAAUGUGAACUGAGCCCUCAGAAUAUAACCACUUUAACAGAUUAUUGUUCACAUCAUAAUUUCAAAUACAAAAUAUGUAUGCAGAACAAAUUUGCAUUGUUGUGUUUGAGUGAAUCCAAAUCUAUGACCCACUUCUUGUAUCC